CUUACCAAGUUCCUGGAGCCAGACACACUGGGUGCUUCCCGUGCCUGGGUGCCAGGCCCAUUUCCCCUGCAGCCAUGAACCAAGCCUUCUGGAAAACCUACAAGUCCAAAGUGCUACAGACCCUGACUGGGGAAUCUGAGGAGGACCUGGCAGAGGAGAAGGAGAACCCAGCGUUAGUGGAGUCUGAGGCAGCAGAACCAGCUGAAGAGGCCUUCAAUCCCAUGUCACAGCUGGCCCGCCGGGUUCAGGGGGUUGGGGCGAGAGGCUGGCUGACAAUGUCGUCUCUGUUUAACAAAGAAGACGAGGACAAGCUUCUGCCACCAGAGCCCUGUGCUGACCACCCGCUGGCGGCGCAGCCCUCCUCUCCGGCGGCGGCGGAGACGCGCGGGACCGGGUUCUGGGACGUGUUCGCCAGCAGGUGGCAGCAGCAGCAGCAGCAGCAGCAGCAGGCGGCGGCAGCGUCCAUGCUGCGCGACGCGGAACCCGCUCCGGAUCAGGACCCUGAAGCCGGGGACGAGGCCGCCGAGCGCCCCGAGCCGCGGGAAGCCGAUCCCGCAGCCGGCUUCAGGUGGGGCUUCCUCACCCACAAACUGGCCGAGAUGAGGAUGAAAGCUGCGCCCAAGGGCGACUAGUCUGCCGGCCUAACUGGGCGACCGCUCCUCCCUUCCCGCGAUAAAAAAAACACCCU